AUGUCUGAGGCGACUCUCAACCGGUCUGUGGUCCUGCCGCACCUCAAGGCUCAUCCGAUGGUCGUAACCACCUCCCCUAUCCCCGUCCCAACAGAAAGCGAGGUUCUCAUCCGCGUCCAUGCCGUGGCCGUUAACCCCGCCGACUGGGCAGUACAGACUCUCGGAGUUGUCGUGAAGCCCGAGUCCUACCCCUAUGUGAACGGCGUCGACGUCUCCGGCGAGAUCGUGUCUGUCGGUCCGUCCCAGACCCGCUUCAGACCCGGCGACCGCGUAACCGCCACCGCCAUGGGCUAUCUACUGGGCGAGUCGAGGUACGGUGGCUUCCAGGAAUACAUGGUUGGUGUCGAGCCUUUGCUGGCCAAGAUUCCGAGCCAUGUUUCUUACACCGAGGCGGCCGUACUCCCACUGGGCCUGACCACGGCGGCCGCGAUGCUGUUCAGUCCAGAACUGAUGGGUCUGGACCUGCCCAAGGCAGGCGUUAAAGCCAAUUCCAAGGGCGAGAUCGUGCUUGUCUGGGGAGGCAGCUCCAGCGUUGGUUCUAACGCGAUCCAAACCGUGAAGGCUGCCGGAUAUGUGGUUGCGGCGACAGCAAGUGAGAAGCAUUAUGGGCUGAUGAAGGAGAUGGGGGUAGACUAUGUGUUUGAUUACAACACCGAUGGUGUCGCCGACGCGAUUGUGCGAGAGCUCGACGGUAAGGGUUUCUUGACCGGUGUCUUUGACGCAGUCAUGUUUGGGCCUACCGUUCGGGCUUGCGCUCAGAUUGCAAGCCGGCUUGAAGGCAGGAAAUGCGUGGGAACAGUUCUGCCACCUGGGUCACCGCUUCCCGCAGAUUUGCCUGGUGAUGUAAAGAUUAUAAUCAACGAUCUUGUUAGGUUCAAUCAGACAGAGACUGGCAGAGCCCUGUGGGUUGAUUGGCUUACCGGCGCCCUAGAGGACGGAACUAUGAAGUGCAAGCCGAACCCAGAGAUUGUUGGAAAAGGCCUUGAAAAGAUCCAGGACGCGGUCGAUGCCAUGGCCAAGGGCGUUAGCGGCAAGAAGCUUGUAGUUGAGCUUUGA